AUGUUUAGAGCUUUUCUUGUAAUAAUUUUUUUUUGUUUUUAUUUGAAAUUAGUUGAAUUCAAAACAAUUACGAACUGUAGUAUUAAUAAUUUUUUUUUUUUGGUUCAUAAAAGAAAAAAUCAUAUAAAUAUAUUAUUUAAAAAUAAACAAAAAAAUAAAAAUAAUGAAAAAUUAGUAAAACAAAGUUUGUGUAAUCUAAAAAACGAAAAUAUUUACACAAUUUUAAAUGAUGAAAUAAAUAAUUUAGGAAAAGAAAUUGUGGAGGACGAUACCUUUAGCUUACCUAAAUAUUGCCUUUUAGAAGAAAAUAAAUUUUAUGAUAAUUUUGAAUAUCAAACUAGUGUAAUAAUAUUUUUAGAAAAUAUUAUAAAAAGUAAAAAGGAUAUUAGAAAAGAUGUUAUAGACUAUUUAAAAGGGAGGUGUUCAAAUAUAAUAGAAAUGCUUCAUUUGUCAUCUAAUGGAAUUUUAAAUAUAAAAAUAAAGAAUGAAUAUAUUCUUGAAAAUUUUUUUGAUUUCUAUAAAUUAUAUGUAAGAAAAAAAGGAGAAAAAAAAAAAAAAGAACUAAUAAAGAAAAAUGUAAUUUUACUAGACUUCUGCGGUGUAAAUAUGGGAAAACAUAUGCAUUUAGGACAUUUAAAAUCACUAUUUCUAGGUUAUGCAUUAAGUAAUGUUUUCAAAUUUUUUAACUAUACUGUUAAAAAAAGAAGUCAUAUAGGAGAUUGGAAUGUGAACAUAGCAUUAAUUAUAACAUUUUUAAUUUUAUUUCAUGAUAAUAUGAAUUUAGAUCUAUGUAAUUCUGACUUAAAUGAAAUAGAAGGUAGUAAAGAAAUAUUUGAAAUAAAUGAUAUUAACAAAGUUAAAGAAAAGGAUAAAAACACUAAUAGUUCACCUUUUAAUCAAAUUAACAAUGAAACAAAAAAAGAAUAUUCAUUUAAUAACAGUAAAGGAGAAGAAAAAAAAAAAAUAGAAAAUGAGAGAUUUGUCCAACAUUGGUUAAGAAUUUUAAAUGAUUCAAGAGAACACAUGUUCUAUAAUAAUUACAAAUAUUUUAAUACAAAAAAAUAUGAGAACAUAAAUUUACAUAAAAUAGAAUAUAUAUAUAAAUUAUCAAAAAUGCUUUAUUCUAUAUCUGACAUAUUUAGAAAAUGUACUAAAAUUAGCUUAAAGUUAAUGUACAAAAAUGAUGCAAAAAUUAUAAAAAUGUGGAAUAUUAUAUGCAGUAACACAAAAAAGGAAAAUGAAAAAAUUUUUAAAAAAUUUAACAUACAAAAAUUAAUAGAAAAGGGGGAACAUUUUUAUGUUAAAUAUGUCCCGAAAAUUUUGCAAAAAAUGAAAGAUGCAAAUAUUCUCUUUGAAUUUAAAAAUAAAUUAUGUGUUCUUUUAAAAGAAAGAGAAAUAGUAGAUAAAAAAAAUAGUAAUAAUAAUUAUAAUAGUACAAACAUUUUAAGUAGUAAUGAUGAUUAUUAUGACAUUGUUAAAGUGAAUGAUGAAAUCAAUGAUUACAUUAAAAAGAAUGAUAUUGAUUUUUUGAAGAAAAAUUUUAGUAUAUUAACUUUAAAAAGCGAUGUUGGUUAUACAUACGCAGCUGUUGAUAUAUCUGCUAUAUAUUACAGAGUAAAUAUUGAAAAAGCGAAUAAAAUUAUUUAUGUAGUUGAUGAAAAUCAAAGAAAACAUUUCAUGCAAGUUUUUUCUAUAGGGAAAUAUUUAAAUUUGAUUUCUGAUAAUACUGAAUGUAUAUGCCUGAAUUAUGGUUACGUUUUAAAUGAAAAAAAAAAAAAAAUUAAAACAAAAGAUAUUUCAAAUAAUAUUUUUGCUAAGGAUAUAUUAAAAAUAAAUAAAUCUAUUAAUGAAAAUACAAACAUACAAAAUAAAUGUAAUUAUGAAAAAUAUUAUGAAGACUUAAUAUUAUCAUCUAUAGUUUAUUCAUAUAUCAGUGUUAAGAAUAGCAAACGACAAUUAAUAAAUAAUAUUCUUAAAGAAUUUCAUUUGGAAUAUAUUUAUAUAAUUAAAAAGCACAAUGAAAUUCUUUUAUCAUUAGGAAAAUUAAAAAAUUAUGAUUACUCUUUUCUAUUUAAAAAAAAAUUUAAUAUAGAAUCUAAUCUAAAAAAAUUAAUAUUAUAUAUUUUAAGAUUUAACUAUAUAAUAGAAGAAGUAAUUCAUAAAUAUAACAUUGAAAAAUUAUGUUCCUAUUUAUUUAGUUUUUCACAAAAAAUUCAUUAUUUAUUUCAGAAAGGUUUCAUAAAAAAUAUAAAUUCUUCAUUAGAAGAAAGAAGUAAAUUUUUAGAAAUAAUAAAUUAUGAAAAAACAGGAGGCGUAAUUAAUUUAGACUAUAAGAAUAGCAAUAAGAAUAAUUCAGAAAAAAAAAAAAAAGUCUUGAAUAGUUUGGAUAAAACAAAAAAUUUUGAAUUCUUUUUAAAAUAUAUUAAAAAUGGUGGACAUUCUUAUACUAAUAAUGAAGACAAAUAUGUUUCAAAAGAGAAAGAAGAAUUAGAAAAAACUAAAACCUAUGUUUUGAAUAGAAUUCUUGAAUUAAUUAUUAUGAAAUCUUAUUUAUUUUUAGUAUCUAAAAUAUUUAAUAUUAUAAAUAUUCGUUUAAUAAAUUUUUAUUAA